UGUGAUGAUCUCGUGGAGGUAGUCUGUAAGCCAGAAUAAGGCUAAUUCUAGCUUUGCUCUACAGACAUUCACCCUGGAGUGAGUCGACAACAACAGCCACUCCCCUGUGUUAUACUGGAAAUUUGGCUUUUGACGAAGACCACCACCACGACAUAAAGGUGUGAGUGGAUGGAAAGGAACAUUAUGGUAGCAUCAGGAGGCCAUCCCACACAAGAGGCAGAACAAUUCCUCACAACUGUAUAAUAAGUCAGGACAGUAUGAGGAUUAGUGAACAUCUUCAGGAGAACAUUGUAAACAAGAUUAAGGUAAAUUGUCAACUCUCCAAGUCUUAAGUUACAAAUAUGAAAGUCAAGUUGGUGUUCUAGGAAACAGUGAGAAUAAAAAGAAGGUUCACACAAGUGAAUCUUUCUCCUGACAAUACCAGUUAAGUGAUGCACUGUGUUAUAUAUUGUCUAAUUACAGUAUGAUGAGUGUUGUAAUGUUUCUACCUAAACAACUACCUUGUGACUUGUGUUUGUGUACACUGCUGAUAAAAGUUUCAAUAUAUAAAUGUGACAAGUGUUUGUCUGCUGUGCUUGUGUACUGGUGAGACAAGUUCACUUGGGGUAAAUAUUUCUCACACAAGUUAGCUCAAGAACCACAUAUAUGUGCAGAAUUUUAAUGCAAAUUUACCUGUGAAGAGUGGAGAACUUUUUAUACAAUACAAAAGUUACCCAAACGUGUGUACACUGAAGGAAAUAUUUUCUUGUAUGGAGUGUUGUAAAGUGUGUAAAAGAUGGCCCAGUUUAUGAAUGAAAUAGCUGGACAUAGCGGCCAAAAUAAUUAUGAGUGUGUACAGUGUGGUGAAUUAUUUUACAGUAAUGAUUCAUUGAAGAUGCAUAGCUGUAUGGCUGAACACACUGAUGAGAUAAAUAUUAAGUGUGAAGAGCUUGAUGAAAGCUUUAACAGUAACUAUGAUGAGAUUAAUAUUAAGUGUGAAGAGUUUGAUGAAAGCUUUAACAGUAACUAUGAUGAGAUUAAUAUUAAGUGUGAAGAGCUUGAUGAAAGCUUUAACAGGAACUAUGAUGAGACACAACAUGUGACUGUUGAUGAGAUUAAUAUUAAGUGUGAAGAGCUUGAUGAAAGCUAUAACAGUAACUACGAUGAGAUUAAUAUUAAGUGUGACGAGCUUGAUGAAAGCUUUAACAGUAACUAUGAUGUGACACAACAUGUGACUGUUGAUGAGAUUAAUAUUAAGUGUCUCAAAAGUGGUAAAAGUUAUGACAAAAAAGAACAACUAAAGCAUCAUAUGGCUGUACACACUGGUGAGAAGAAUUUUAAGUGUGAAGAGUGUGGUAAAUGUUAUUCCAGGAAAUACAAUCUGAAGCUUCAUAUGGCUGUACACACUGGUGAGAAGAAUUUUAAGUGUGAAGAGUGUGGUAAUUGUUUUUACGCAAAGAGGUUUCUGAAGAGACAUAUGGUUGUACACACCGGUGAGAAGAAUUUUAAGUGUAAAGAGUGUGGUAAAUGUUAUUCCACAAAGGGUCAUCUGAAGAGACAUAUGGCUGUACACACUGAUGAGAAGAAUAUUAAGUGUGAAGAGUGUGGUAAAUGUUUUUCCAGGAAAUGCAAUCUGAAACUUCAUAUGGCUGUACACACUGGUGAGAAGAAUUUUAAGUGUGAAGAGUGUGGUAAAAGUUAUUUCAGUAAGACCAGUCUGAAGCAUCAUAUGGUUGUACACACUGGUGAGCAGAAUUUUAAGUGUGAAGAGUGUGGUAAAAGUUAUUCCACAAAGAGCCAUCUGAAGCAGCAUAUGGUUGUACACACUGGUGAGAAGACUUUUAAGUGUAAAGAGUGUGGUAAAUUUUUUUCCCAAAAGAGCAGUCUGAAGUAUCAUAUGCUUGGACACACUGGUGAGAAGAAUUUUAAGUGUAAAGAGUGUGGUAAAUUUUUUUGCCGAAAGAGCUAUCUGAAGUAUCAUAUGGUUGUACACACUGGUGAGAAGAAUUUUCAGUGUGAAGAGUGUGGUAAAUGUUUUUCCUUCAAGGCCAUUCUGAAGCAUCAUAUGGCUGUACACGCUAGUGAGAAGAAUUUUAAGUGUGAAGAGUGUGGUAAAAGUUAUUCAACAAAGAGCUAUCUGAAGCAGCAUAUGGUUGUACACACUGGUGAGAAGAAUUUGCAGUGUGAAGAGUGUGAUAAAAGUUAUUCCACAAAGCGCAUUCUGAAGCUUCAUAUGGCUGUACACACUGGUGAGAAGAAUUUUAAGUGUGAAGAGUGUGGUAAAUGUUAUUCCAGGAAAGACAAUCUGAAGCAGCAUAUGGUUGUACACACUGGUGAGAAGAAUUUUAAGUGUGAAGAGUGUGGUAAAUGUUAUUCCAGGAAAGACUAUCUGAAGCUUCAUAUGGCUGUACACACUGGUGAGAAGAAUUUUAAGUGUGAAGAGUGUGGUAAAUGUUAUUCCUGCAAAGGCAAUCUGAAGCAGCAUAUGGUUGGACACACCGGUGAGAAGAAUUUUAUGUGUAAAGAGUGUGGUUAAUUUUUUUCCCAAAAGAGCAGUCUGAAGUAUCAUAUGGUUGGACACACUGGUGAGAAGAAUUUUAUGUGUAAAGAGUGUGGUAAUUGUUUUUACGCAAAGAGGUUUCUGAAGAGACAUAUGGUUGUACA